GUGUACCUAGUUUUGUUAAGGGGAGUACACAGUGCCCCGCUGUCCACCAUGUGAAGGCGUUGUGGCUCUCUUUCUCUUUCUCUUUCUCUAUCUUUCUCUCUCUCAUUCAAACCAACCCAACUGGCACUUUUGAUUCAUUCACAUAGAGAGGCGAAUGGGGAGAGUCAGGACAAAACUAGUCUAGGAUUUGAGUCCGAUUCGCUUGGUUUUUUCCCACUAUCCUUCUUCUAUCCUACUCGUAGAAGACUAAAAAUAGACACACACAUCCCUACAGCCAAGAAAGAGGGAGAGGGAGAGGGAGGGGUCUGUGUAUGUGAGAGAGAAACAGAGACAGGGAGAGACAGAGAGAGGGGGAGAGGGAGGAUUUUUUUUCAGUCUGAGGCUUUCCUCCUGAUAAAGAAAGAAGAGCCAUUUGGGGGUUUAUUGAGAAGGGCAUUGUAGAAUGAAUAUGUUGGCUUCAGAAUACAGUAGUGGGUGUGAGUCUGGUUGGACCCUGUACUUGGAGCACUCUUUUCUUUCUGCAGACCCUUUACAUAGAGGUAGUGGGUUUGUAGAUGGAGAAGUGAAAAGAGGUAAAGAUGAGGCUGAGGAAGAAGAAGAAGAAGACUUGUCCAUGGUUUCUGAUGCAUCUUCUGGGCCUCCACAUUUCCAGGAAGAUGAAGGGUACUGCAAUGAUGAUAAUGGGUGCUUCUAUCCUCAUUCCAUGGCUGCCACAUUGGUGAAAAACAAUGGAAAAAGGCAAAAAAUCAGGACACAUAGGGGACGCGUCGAGCAGGAAGAUCCUUCUUUUCUUGAUGACACUGCUAGCUCUCCUCUCUUCAACUUCUCCAAGAACAAUGGUUUCACUCUCAACAACAACCAAGCUUCAAUGGAGAGUGUGUUGGAUUUUUCUCAAGGCUUCUCCACAACUCACUUCAAGGGGAGAUCUGCAGCAUUUCAGAAGCAUUUAGGUCUGCUACACUCCUCAAUGUCUGGGAACCAACUCCAGCAAAACCAGUGGUUUGAAGGGAAGAGGAUGGGCAUGAGAUGAGGUGAUUUCCAUGGCUCCCACAUCACUUGUUGCUGUAAUUGAUGCAGAGGGAGUUGCUCCAAAUGAGGUGUUGGGAGAGCUGCCAAAGGAAAGGGAAUUGGAUCUCAAAAGGGAUCUUGUUCUUUUCUUUUCUUUUCUUUUCUUUUCUUCUCUUUUUUGGCUGUCAAUGCAGUGGGAAACACCCUGAGAGCAAAAGUAGAAAAUAAAAUUUCAUGUUUUCAAAAUUUAA